AUGUUGACCAGUCUAUUCCCGUUAUUUAUUGCGAUCUGGUUUGCAGUGCUCUGUGCAACCCAUCCUGCCGGAUAUGACGAAUUCCACGCUUAUCGAGCCGCAGAUUUGAGAAAGCUCACCGAGAAAACAAAUCAUAGACUGUCCCGAUGCAGUGAUAACCUCAAGAAGCGUGGGAUCCAGGCCCGAGCUGAGACCCGUCGCGCUGCUUUACUCCAGUCUUAUCGCCAACAACGUCUUGAUGCCGGCCUAGAGACGACCGCUUAUAAUUCUAGCGCUAUGAACCCCUUCGAAUCUUCAUCGGUUCUCGAAGAAACUAGUUGCGCCCUGACUCCCGAAUCAACCAUCGGACCAUUCUGGGUUCGUGGCGAAUUUAUUAGAUCGAAUAUCACGGAUGGAGAGGUUGGAAUUCCAUUGAUACUAGAUGGCUAUUUCGUCGAUGUCAAUACCUGCGAGCCUAUCGAGGAUUUAUAUUGGGAAAUUUGGAGCUGCAACUCAAAUGGGAAAUAUUCCGGUGUUCUGGAGCAUCACGAUAGCCCUGCGUCUAAUCUUAAUUCAACCUUCCUAAGAGGCCUACAGAAGACCGACAGGGACGGAUCGGCCCAGUUCCAGACUAUUUUCCCCGGUCACUACCAAGGACGAGCGACCCAUAUCCAUGUCCUCGCUCACGUUGGGGCAACUGUACUUACCAAUAACACUCUGACUGGAGGCCAUAUCCCUCACAUCAGCCAGUUGUUCUUCGACCAGAGUUUGAUUGAAGCAGUUGAAGCCACCGAGUCUUACCGGCAAAACUCUGCCCCCAUCACUCUCAAUUCGGAGGAUGGCAUAUUUAAAGAAGCAACUGGAGGAGGCAAAUAUAAUCCUAUUCUCAGCUACCAUAUGCUUGGGGAAAAAUUGACAGACGGCAUUCUCGCCUCUGUAACCAUGGGAAUUGACGUAUCGGCUAGCUACAGAGCCCCCUAUGCUGCCGAACUUACCGACCAUGGCGGUGUUGCUCAUCAUAACGGCUGGCGUGAGCUCAUGCCUACUUUUCAGGGGCUAAUUCACUGGUUGAGCGAUAUGGCCAAGCGGCUUUGGAUUUCGAUUCUUUGGCUUUGA